CUCAUUCCUGCCAGCUUGUCACACACAGUGUGGUCCUUCUGGAAUGACAGUUACUUUGAAGGAUGGUUGGAUUUUGAAGAUCCAGGGACAUCAUGUUUGGAAAGAUGCCUGGCCAUAGUUGGUACUCGGUCAUUACAUGGUGAUUACACUGAAUAGCACCUUUCACUCAGGAACAUCAUCUCAGAGCCCUUUACAGAUAUCAAGUCAGAGAUAAGGAAACUGAGGCUCAGGUGAUGCCUCCGAUGUACCUGCCUUUCAUCAAGUUGACAACGAGGGCAGAGGGAAAAUAAGCCGUGUCUUAGACUGACCCAGAGAGGGAGUGUGCGUGGAAUGCUGCUGUAGAACAAGUGACCUGUCUGGCAAGGAAUGCUGCAUCCUUCUGAGAGCCUCUUCUCAACGUCAUCCAUGGACCACGACUUCCUUGUGGGAAAAGAGUGCUUAUGAUUUUGCUAUCAGCCACUCAAAAUUUUUGCUGAGCCAAAAUAAGACUUUUGCUGCAGAAAUAAACAAGAUAUUACUUUAUUUCACUUUUGAUCAUCCUGGCUGCAGUCUUCUUUGUUUAGUCUUGAGAAUUCUAAGCCAGAUUUGUUACUAUUAUCUUUGUAUACACUUUUCAAAAUGAUUGACUUAAGCUUUCUGACAGAGGAGGAGCAAGAGGCCAUCAUGAAGGUUCUGCAGAGGGAUGCUGACCUGAAGAGGGCUGAAGACGAGCGAGUCAGACAUUUGGCUGAAAAAAUUAAGGAUGAACAGCAGCUGAAGAAUAUGAGUGGCCGAUGGUUUUAUGAAGCCAAGGCAAAAAGGCACAAAGACAAAAUUCAUGGUGCAGAUAUCGUCAGAGCAUCCAUGAGAAAGAAGAGGCCCCAGAUAGCAGCAGAGCACAGUAAGGACAGAGAAAAUAGGACAAAGGAAAGCUGGGUGAAUAAUGUCAACAAAGAUGCUUUGCUUACCCCAGAGCUCGCUGGUGUUAUAGAAGAGCCAGAAGAAGAUGCAGCACCAACAAGCCCAAGUUCCAGUGUGGCAAAUCUUGCUUCCCCUGUGAUUGGUAUGUCCCAGGAAAACACAAGGAAGUCACUUGUGUCUCAAGCUAAGCAAAGGAAGAAUCCAUUUAAUAAUUCCAAGUUGCCAGAAGAUCACUUAUCUCUACAAACCAAAAAUGAACAGUCAAAAAAUGGAAGGGCUGGUUUAUUUCAGACUUCAAAAGAGGGUGAAUUGUCAGAGUCAAAGGAAAAAUCAUCUAUACUGGAUAUUUCAAGCCAAAAUUUAGAGCAACCAAAGCAAACUUUUCAAGUCCCUGUGAAUGAGUCCCAAAUCAAGCCUCCGAUCCCCAAAGCCAGGAAAAUGAUCUAUAAAUCAACCAAUUUAAAGCAAAGUGAUAACCAGUCUUUCCCCAGACAAUGGACAGACUCACUGAGUGCAAGAGGGGCUCCAAGAGGGAUCCUGAAGCGUAACUCCAGUUCCAGUAGUACAGACUCAGAAACUAUUCGUCUCAAUCAGAACUUUGAAUCCAAAAGCAAAAUUGUGUCACCUGGUCUAAUCAUCCAUGAGAGAAUUUCCGAGAAGGAGCAUUCUUUAGAAGAUGACUCAUGCCCAAACUCCCUAGAGCCAUUCAAACAUGUGAGAUUUUCUGCAGUGAAGGAUGAACUUCCACAGAGUCCUGGGCUAAUCCAUGGCCAGGAAGUAGGAGAAUUUAGUGUUUUAGAACCUGACAGGUUGAAGAAUGUAACAAAAGAUGCAGAGGAUAUUGAUGAGUUUCGGAAUGAUCCUGCACCUUUUCCGUACGGAAAGUCUUUGCCCUUUCUUCAUCAGUCAGCCUCAAGCCCAAGUGCAUCAAAAAAUGAAACACAUCAACCAACGACUUCUGAUUCUUUUCCAAUUAGUGGGCCCCAUUCUCACUCAGAAGUUUUAACCACAAGACCACAAUCCAUUGAGAAUUCACUCACCAUUAAUGAACAGGAAGCUAAAUUAUCAGAAUUGUGCAGAAGUCCUGCUGAUGAACCAUCUCAGGUACCAGGUGACAGUUCUAGAGACCAUCAGCAAGGUAAGCCCCCUCUUCUCAUGGCUCUAAAAGCUGAGACUUCCUCACGCUCUGGUCCACAUGCCACUGAGAUAAUGAAGACAAAUGAUGAUUCCAUAUCUAAAGUCCUAGACUGGUUUAACCGAAGCUCUGGUUCAGAUGACAAGACAUCCCUCAAACAUCUCCAAGGAAUAGAGUCCAAAGAAAAAACAGACUCGAAAUCACAGAUGGCUAUUGCCAUGGUGACAGAUCACACCAGUCUAAAAGAAAAUGGCUCAAAGGCCCUAUAUGCUACCCAAGUUGAAUUGAAGCCUAUGACGUCUGAUUCAACAUGCCAAGUAGAGGGAAAUCUGCUGCCUUCCAGAAAUUACCAAGAUAACGAUAUGAAGAUCAAAUCCAAAUCUGUGAAUUUAUCUCAACAAGUCUCCCCAAAGGAAGACCCAGGCAUAUUGCAACCAUUUGAAAGCUGCAGUCCAAGUCAAGGAAAUAAAAACAUGGACUAUAGCCUAGGUUCAAAAAGCACAGUGGAAGGAAAUGGGGUAUUUUCCCCAACGAGCGACAGUUCCUAUAGUGUUCUCAAAGGAUCAGAUGCAGAAUACCAAGUGCCGUAUAACAUUAAGGAUGUUGGCAGUUUGGGUAUAGAAGGGCCCAAGUUUCACAUUUGUGGAAAAAAUAAAGGAAACUCAGAAGUGAAUUUUGACUCUUCAACAAUUGUCAAAGAACAAAGUUUGAAAGACAACAUGAAAGCAGAGAGAAAGAGCAAAGGAGGAGACACCUACAUCCUGAAAACUUCCUUGGAGUCAGAGAAUAUUGAGUCACCAUCUGAGACUGCUAACUAUGGAUCUCCUUGGAAGAAAGCUGAGGUCCAACUACAAAAAGAAGCUAGUGAACUUCCCAAGAACCAAAUGCAACAAGAGAAAUAUAAAAGAGUGAGUGACAGAAUAUCCUUUUGGGAAGGAGUGAAAGCUGCUGCUAAGUUGACUCAUAAAGAUCCCACAUCUUCAUGCAGCCAGGGACAACCUUCUGCUGAAACACAUCAGCUGGUGAAGUCACAGAGUGAAUAUAAUCAAGUCACUGCCAAACAAGUGGUCCUAGAUGAGGAUGGUCAAGCAGCCCCUACCUCCAGUUUAUAUUCCUCAAAUAAACCUAAAGAGACCAGGCUCCAAGUAUCAGUUCCAUCCAAAGACUAUCCCUCAGCUGACAAAUCAGGUAAGGUGUAUCUGUUUCAGAGUAAGAUAAAUGAGCCUAAGAAGAUAUUUCCAGCAGCAGACAGUCUGCAUUCUGGAAGAGACAUUACUUUACCAGCACUGCAACAAACCUCAACUGGUAGGAAUGAAGUGCAUACUCCUUUGGAGAAAGAUCUCUCUCAAAUUGGUGAACCACACCCCAACUUUAAGGUCUUGUCCCUAAAAAAAAGAAUGGAUGAAACCAAUACUGAACAGGCCUUUAAUCAGUCCCAGUUUGAGAAUUUGAGAAACUUUUGGGACUUAGGAACUAAUUCAAAUGGUAAAGCUAAUGUUGAGAAGACUAUUACCACACCAAGUCAUAAAAAUUCUAUGACUUUUAAUAGUCAGAAACACAAGGAAUUCAGUGACAUUAAAUCACCAGGGGAAAAUACUCAUGAAGAAGAGGUGCUUCCAAGCCAAAAGAAAGGUCUGGAAAGACAGGAAAUGGGAAAAUUAAAUUCAACGUGCAUACCUCAGGUGCUGUCAGAUGAAACCACGUUUCCAUGGAGACCACCCAGAAAGUCCAUUCAUCAGUUGCCAGGAAAUGAGUCAUCAAAGAAAAACAUUGAAAACAAUAUGGAAUGGUUUAUUACUCCAGUAUUCAAGGAAGAAAAUGAUUACUUAGACCAAGAGAUUGAGGAAUCCAUAGUGAAAACAAGUGUUUUGUCUAAAGACUACAAAGACACUUUUAAUGACAGCUUACAGAAGCUGCUUUCAGAGACUUCAUCACCAGUAAUUCAACCUUCUGGUGGAAAAGUUCAUGUAGAACAAAUGCUUGAACUAGGUGUUUCUGAAAAUAGGACAUGGCCUCAAAAGAUAGAUCUUGCCGAUGCUGAGGAAGAAGCCAAACAACCUAAGGAAAUCAUUAAUGAGCAUAUAGAGAAAACAGUAGCUCCUCCAAAGGUGGAGCAUAACACUUUGACUGCUAGUCUGGACAAACUCCUGAAGGAAGCAACUGGAAUUUCACCUUCUCCCUUGCAAACCAGUUUGGAACCUGUUACCACUAGAACCAACUCUCAAACUGCACAGAGUAGGUUUUUUGAAAAAGGGAUGGAACAGAGUCACGGCACUUUAGCUCAUCAGAGAGAAAUAACAGCUCUUUUUCCAGAGAGAGAAGAAACUUUGGGAAAUACAGCUGUCCCCCAGAAAGUUGAAAGUGGUGAGUGCCAGCUAAACACAGAGAACUUGCUUCAGAUGAUUGCAGAAGCUUCUCACCCAUUGGAGCAACCUCCCCAUCUUCACAAAAAGAGUUAUUUGGGGGGUGAGGCCAACUCUCCCCAAGAUUUGCCUUCUUCCUGGGAUGCUCAAAGAGAAACUUCUCAAAAAGAGAUCUCAGAGACUGUAGAAAAAGUCAUUCUUCCACCUAAAACUGCAUUGAAUGAUAUAAAUACUGCAUUACAGAAGCUACUUAGAGAAGCUCUGUUGAGUUAUUCAGCUGAGGGGGAAGUAGUUCCUGGAGAGGUGAAAGCAGAAUUUCCGGAAGGAGUACAAGCAGCAGGUUCAGAAGAAGAACCCAGGCCUGUUUUGAAAACUUUGGAAAAGAUUGCUGCUAGGAAAAUGCCUUCCAAAAGUCUAGAAGAUAUUUCAUCAGAUUCAUCAAAUCAAGCAAAAGUAGAUAAUCUGCCAGAAGAAUUAAUACAUAGUGCUGAAGAUGAUCAAAAAGCAGAUCAGGAACCAGAUACAAAUGAAUGCAUACCAAGAAUUUCCACAGUGCCUUCACAACCUGAUAAUCAGUUUUCCCACCCUGACAAACUCAGAAGGAUGAGCAAGUCUGUUCCAGCGUUUCUUCAAGAUGAGAGCGAUGGCAGAGAAACAGACACAACAUCAGAAAGCAGUUACCAGCUCAGCAGACACAAGAAGAGCCCAAGCUCUUUAACCAAUCUUAGCAGCUCCUCUGGCAUGACAUCCUUGUCUUCUGUGAGUGGCAGUGUGAUGAGUGUUUAUAGUGGAGACUUUGGCAAUCUGGAAGUUAAAGGAAAUAUUCAGUUUGCAGUUGACUAUGUGGAGUCAUUGAAGGAGCUGCAUGUUUUUGUGGCCCAGUGUAAGGACUUAGCAGCAGCAGAUGUUAAAAAACAGCGCUCGGAUCCAUAUGUAAAGACCUAUUUGUUACCAGACAAAGGCAAAAUGGGCAAGAAGAAAACACUCGUAGUGAAGAAAACGUUGAAUCCUGUGUAUAAUGAGAUACUUCGGUACAAAAUCGAAAAGCAAAUUUUAAAGACACAGAAGCUGAACCUGUCUGUCUGGCACCGGGAUACAUUUAAGCGCAAUAGUUUCCUAGGGGAAGUGGAACUUGAUUUGGAAACAUGGGACUGGGACAACAAACAGAAUAAACAAUUGAAGUGGUACCCCCUGAAGCGGAAGACAGCACCACUUGCCGUUGAAGCAGAAAACAGAGGUGAAAUGAAGUUAGCUCUCCAAUAUGUCCCAGAGCCAAUCCCUGGUAAAAAGCUUCUGACAACUGGGGAAGUACACAUCUGGGUGAAGGAAUGCCUUGAUCUCCCACUGCUAAGGGGCAGCCAUCUGAAUUCUUUUGUUAAAUGUACCAUCCUUCCAGAUACAAGUAGGAAAAGUCGCCAGAAGACAAGAGCUGUGGGGAAAACCACCAACCCUGUCUUCAACCACACCAUGGUGUACGAUGGUUUCAGGCCUGAAGAUCUGACUGAAGCCUGCGUGGAGCUCACCGUCUGGGACCAUUACAAAUUAACCAACCAGUUUUUAGGAGGUCUUCGGAUUGGCUUUGGAGCAGGUAAAAGCUAUGGUAUUGAGGUGGAUUGGAUGGACUCUACUUCAGAGGAAGUUGCUCUCUGGGAGAAGAUGGUAAAUUCCCCGAAUACCUGGAUUGAAGCAACACUGCCCUUGAGGAUGCUGCUGAUUGCCAAGAUUUCCAAAUGACCCAAAGUCCACAGACUCUUCCACUGAUAACCACCAAACAGGUGGAGCCUGACCUUGAAACACAGACUAAGAGAGCCUUACUUUCUAUCUAUUGCCGAUAAAGAAUACUAUGUAACAUGUUAAAAUCAACCUGCAUGUGCUUCAGUUACAAGGCCAAAGAAUUUAAAUAAUGACAAAAUAUAUAACUUACUUGUGACUCCAACAUUAAAGAAGAUAUGUGAUCAAGCCAGGAAAACCUUUGCUGCUUUAAAGAAAAAUAGAGCUGCCAAGAAAUUUUAAAGUGGGAUGUUGUUAAUGAGCAAAAUUUCUAAUUUUCCACCAAGUGUUAUACACCACAACCUUGUACUACCAUUAGAUGGGCCUGUCACUUAUCAUGGAAAACUCUUGCAGGAGUUAUAAAUAUGUAGGUAUGGAAAAGAGUGACAGAAAAAUACUCUUAGGGGGAAAAAAAAGGCAGAACAUCACUGAUGACAAAGUAUUUGACCAAAAGAAAACAAUUGCUCUGUAAUCUCAAAAAAAUAUAUAUGGAAUUCCAUAUUAGGACAAUGAGACUGAAUUCACUGCAUGUGUUUCUGCCUUGAGAAACUACUUUACUUCUCCCAAGUGUUAAAACAAAAAUCUCAAAUGUGCUUUGGUGCCACCCACUGACCAUAGGUGGAAUUAAGUUCUUGGCUUGUUUUGGCUUUAUUUUAUGCUAAUGUAGUUCUCAAGCCUCUAUUUUGUAAUAGAAUAUGUGGUGUGGGGAAAUUGCUUAUGUAAGAUUCUGUUUUUCUUAUAACUUUACCAUAUAAAAGCAGCAUAAGAAUAGUCACAGACAUGCUUUGCAACAAAGUUUUAAUUGGAAUGUAGAUUGCCAAAUUAUACUGUGUUUCCUAUGUAUGUGUAAUUUUCAUAAACUAUUUUGUAAGCACCUUUAGAAUAAAUUAUUAUAUGAUUUAAA